AUGGAUAUUCACUGCAAAGCAGACCCCUUUACAGCGAUGCACCGGCACGGAGGUGUGAACCAGCUCGGCGGGGUGUUUGUGAACGGCAGACCCCUCCCGGACGUGGUGAGGCAGCGGAUAGUGGAGCUGGCCCACCAGGGCGUCCGGCCCUGCGACAUCUCCAGACAGCUGCGGGUCAGCCACGGCUGCGUCAGCAAGAUCCUGGGCAGAUAUUACGAGACUGGCAGCAUCAAACCAGGGGUGAUUGGUGGGUCUAAACCUAAAGUGGCCACGCCAAAGGUCGUGGAAAAAAUCGCAGACUACAAGAGACAAAACCCAACCAUGUUUGCGUGGGAGAUCAGAGACAGACUGCUGGCAGAGGGCAUCUGCGACAACGACACUGUUCCCAGCGUCUCAUCCAUUAACAGGAUCAUCCGAACAAAAGUCCAGCAGCCUUUCCAUCCGUCUCCUGACGGGACAUCCCUCUCGACACCAGGCCAUACUAUAGUACCAAGCACAGCUUCUCCGCCUGUAACCAGCGCCUCCAAUGACCCUGCAGGAUCCUACUCCAUCAAUGGGAUUCUUGGUAUUCCACGAUCCAAUGGUGAAAAGAGGAAAAGAGAUGAAGAUGGUUCAGAUGGUUCUGGCCCAAACAGUGAUUCUCAGGGUAGUGUGGAGAGUUUACGGAAACACCUUAGGGCAGAUGCCUUCACCCAGCAGCAGCUGGAAGCGCUGGACCGGGUCUUUGAACGCCCCUCGUACCCUGACGUCUUCCCUACAUCGGAGCAUAUCAAACCCGAACAGGCUAAUGAGUACUCGCUCCCUGCCCUGAAUUCCAGCCUGGACGAAGUCAAGCCCAGUUUAUCCUCUAGCGCCAACCCAGACCUGGGCCCCAGUGUGUCGCAAAGCUACCCUGUAGUAGCAGGUCGAGAUAUGGCCAACACAACCUUACCUGGGUAUCCCCCUCACGUUCCCCCCACAGGCCAGGGCAGCUACCCAACCUCCACGCUCGCUGGAAUGGUUCCUGGGAGCGAGUUUUCGGGGAACCCCUACAGUCAUCCACAGUACACAACCUACAAUGAAGCCUGGCGAUUCAGCAACCCAGCAUUACUAAUGCCGCAUCGAGAGGCUCCGCCCCUCCCACUGCUGCCACUGCCUAUGACCGUCACUAGUUACCAUGGAAACCAAAUCAACCUGCAGGACCAUGGCCUUAGCCUCCAUAUUGCCCCGGUGUGA